AUGCAUCAUCUCCGUGGUUCGCUGCUCAGCCCUUUGCGACGGGGCAUUUCUCACCUCACCACAUCAGAAGCGGUUCGGAUAGAUCAGGAGGACACGCGUCAGUGCAUCGCUCGCGGAGAACUCCAGGAGAUUCGAGAUGCGGCCUUUAGUAACCGAACCUGGAUCAUCACCUCCCGAUACUGCGAGCUUGGAGAUGGGGUGGAUUCUCUCGAAGAGUACCUCCAUUCUAUGUGA